AUGGAUCCACCGGUGGAAUUUCUCGAUGAAGCAGACAUUUUCACAGUGAGACCAUCGGGUGGGAAGAGUAGUAAAAAGUCUACUAAACAUAUUUCAGCUCGAAGAAAUCGUUUUAACGGAAAAGAAGCGUUGAAAAAAAUCAAAAUGUGUCGAGUUGAAGGUGCAGAUCCUAUUUGUUAUAAUAAAUCAACCAAAAGCGCGUCAAAUGAGGCAGAUUUUAAACAAUUACAGAAAUCAGUUCAAGAUUUAAUCAUGCGAAGUAAGGAAUCUGAUUCAAAACCAUUCAAUCGCACAAAAGCACGAUCAGUUGCUAUAGAAUAUGAUGAAUACGGAAGAAUGGUUCCAAAAGACAGAACACAUAUGUUGAAUGCACAAGAAAUGAAAGAAAUUACUCAAAUUGCAACGAAUUUAAUUGAUAAUACCCAUAGUUUAUUCGACAAAUCUAAGCCAUCUCAAUCAGCUAAACAUUUUUCUACAAUAAUAGACUCAUUUAAAGAGAAAGUUUUCGGUGAUUUGAUUGAUGAUUAUAAGGCUCGUUGUCCUUUUGUUGGAAAUUUGCUACAAAAGAUAUUAUAUUGCUUAGAAUAUAUGAUUGAAAACAUAUGCGAUGUUACUAUUGAUUUAGAAACAAGUUCAGAAGCAGCAUUAUCAAAAUCUAUUAGUGAUUUCGAAAUGUUCAAACAGAAAAUUAUAGAACUCAAGAGUAGACCGCCAGAAACUGUUGAGAAAGUUGUUGUCGUCGAAAAAACUCCAAAUACAACAAUUCUUGGCAAAACUAAAGAACUUGAACAAGAAGUUGAGACACUGCAGCAUCGUGUAGAGAUACUACAUUCCCAAUGCUUGACUUCUAAAAAGGCAAUAGCGAUUUGGAAAGAUGCAACGCUUGAAAUUAGUCGUUUGUCAGCAACUGACAUAAAAACAUUAGAGUUAAAGCGUGAAAAAUGGCAGAGGGUUGGUGAAGGAUUUAUUAAAACUCUUAAAUCAAAAACAAAAGAAUUAAUUUCGAAUUCAGAAGAUCUGGCUAAUUUAUGGAAUGAUAAAGCUGUUGUCUUAUUCUCAGUAUGUUGCAAAUCUCAAUCAACAGUUUUAUUGCAUAUCAAAAGUAUUGCAGAUAAUUGUGCCAAAUACUAUACAAAGAUUAUCAAUGAUUAUAACAACCUUGUAUUAGAUCAUCCCGAUAGUACGAAAUACCAAGAAUUUAUGCUCAAUGGAGAAAUGAAACGAAUGGCCGACGAUUUCCAAGCAUGGUCGAAGAUUAUUGAAGAAUGGGAGCACCUUGAUGAGAAUGAAGGUAUCUUAACAGCAAGAGAAACAUCAAUGGACAUUCUUCAAACUAUUACACAAUUGAAGAAAACAGUUUUAAAACCAGAAUUUUCAACUUUUGUUCCAGAAACAAUUCCUCAAUUACUUGGUGAAUACCAAGACAAAAUGGACAUCAUAAUAAACUGGAUGACUAAACCAACAGGAGACAAUUCUAUUCAGCAGUUAACUCCUAUUUCAAGAUGGCUAAAUGAUACUGCAAGAUUGUUGAAUUCUUCAUUGCAAGGAAAGAUUUCUAAAUUUAGAGAUUCGAAUGGAGUUGUUGAUUCAUUACAAGUAAGAGCAAUUGCAUUCAAAUUGAACUCUUUCUCAAAGGAUUUGGAUGAAUUUGUCACAAAGAAAACAGAUAGACUCGUGAACUUGCAAAAAACAAUUCCAGAAGUUACUUUUUGUGUCACAAAAAUUGUUGAUGAUUUGUCAAAUCCUCUGGAAGAUUCCAUUCACUCUUUGGAAGUUGAAUUUGAAGAAGAUACUGAGAUCGCUCAAGCAUGGGCAAUAUUAACAGGAACUGGUUGCCAAGGACCAUUCAAACUCGUGUCAGAAAAAACGAUUGGAUUUGAUUUUGUUAAAAAUUACGGAAAAAGACUUAAAGACUGGAUUGAGACUGUUAAAUCCAAGUUUGAUAUUGUCUUGAGUCCUGGAACAUUCGAUGAAUUCGAAUUAUAUUUGCAUGAUUGGUUUGAUACUGCUGAAUCAAUUGUCAAAAACUCAGGCAAAUUUUUGUUUGACCAAACAACACAAACUGAUCCUGUUCGAAUUGCUGACAGUACAAUUGAAUUCAAUCUUGCGCUGCAGAACUCGAGAUCAAGUAGUGAAGCAUCUUUCAUGAGCACUUUGAGCAGAGUUGCCACAGAAACAAGUUUUAAUUUGAAUUUAUUCACAAAGACAACUCCAUUUCUUUUAUUUGAUAUUUCACCAAACAUGAACAUCCAGAAGAAGAGGCAAGCAAAGAUGAGGAACUUCAGUGGUAUCAGAACAUCAUUUGUAACAAAUGAAAGACCUGCAUCUCCUGUUAAAGUUGUCCAAAACAAUCAACCAGUUGCAUGGACAGUUAAAAUGAUAAGAGAAAUGUUUGAAUACAGGAAACAACAUUCUCAAGAAUUCGAAUAUGCUGGUAAUAAAUAUUAUUUCAGCAAAUCAUCCGCUGAAAAUCUCUUCAAAGACUUCGCAACCAGCAAAACAUCGAAACAAAAUUAUAGAGAUUUACUCAGGAAAAUUACUGAAGGAAUUUCAACAUCUAAAAAAGAUUCUGAUCCUUUAUUAUAUGUUGCUUUGAUGUUGAAGAACGAGAAAUGGAACAGGCAUACAUUUAACUUUGCAACAACUAUCUUGGCAAAUGCAAACGAAUCGAGUUUAGCAAAUCCCAUCAAAUUUGCUGAAACUUUGUUUUCUCCAUUUGGUUUUUCGAUUGUGAACAUCGCAAGAAAUGUUGUUGGCCAAUUUAUGCCCGCAUCAAUUGAUGAGUUGCUGUAUUUGUUGUGCUUCUGUUUCGAGAAUAUUCUUCAAAGCAGAUUCUGUGAAAGCAUGUGCCUCAUGAAGAGAUUUGGUGAUAAAGACACAAUAGAUCGAGAAAAAUUUAAUUCAUUUUUGUCGAAUGUCAAAAUGUCACUGAAACCAGAAAAUUCCGAACAAUUAAUCAAAAUUUUCUUCGGAAACUCAAAUCGCAUCAAUGAAUUCGACUUCAGAUGCUUAUGUCUUUAUUGCGGAAUAUUCAGUGCUUCUGGAGUCAUUGAAGCCACACCUCAAAUCUUCGGUUUAUCAAGAGAUUCGAGAUUGUUGAAAGCGAAAGAAAUGAUUGAAAAUUGUAAGUAUAAAUCAGCUGCAACGGAAUUAUCUAAAGUAAUUUCUCCUUUAUUCCAUGAUGCUGUGCUUGACGAUUACAGUGCAUAUGAGUGUUGUUUCACACUUGAACACUCAGUUAAUGUACUUUUAAGAUGUAUUUCAACGGCUUAUUCACAAUCAACUUUCAUUACACUUGCACCUCCAACAGAAGAAGAAAAAAGCGCACCCCUUGAAUCGCCUCUUGUGCCUAGAGAUUCAUAA